AUGCGACUUUUAUUCCGCAUGUCGAGAUGUACGCACGGACUGCAUUUUCACAAAAUGCCACAGUCCAGGACAUUGUGUUUCACCGUCUCUGCUGACCCCCGGAGGAGAUUUCCUCCGACCGGGUGGAGGACCUCGUCCUCCCCGCCGACCGGUUUCCUUCUCCGAUCAGUCCUGUCAUCGCUCUCCCGGAGAGAUAUUGCUUCACUCCGCUCAAGCAAAACACGGACACAAUUUCGUACACCCGUUGCCUUUGGAAGCUCCUCGGUGCCCUCCACACCGGUAUCACUGAAGGGACAGACUGACACCGAAGGCGGCCACACACCGACCAAUGUGCCCCUGGAGGACGUUAAAAGAGUUUUGAGACUUGCUCACCCGGAAAGAUGGAAACUAUCAGCUGCUGUUGGCUUCCUGACCAUCUCUAGCGCUGUCACUAUGUCGGCGCCGUUCCUCCUGGGCAAAGUGAUCGACACAAUUUAUACUGCUGGAACAGAUGCGGAAGCUAUGGUGUCCUCCCUCACGUCGCUGUGUCUCGUGUUGACUGGUGUGUUCUUAUGCGGUGGUGCAGCUAAUGCCGCGAGAGUCUACCUCAUGCAGAUUUCAGGCCAACAGAUUGUCCGCAACCUUCGCGCCUCUGUCUUCUCCUCCAUCCUUAGACAAGAAGUAGCCUUUUUCGACAAGAACAGGACGGGCGAGCUGAUCAACCGCCUCUCAGCAGAUACAGCCGUAGUUGGCCGGUCAAUCACAGACAAUCUGUCCGACGGCCUGAGAGCUUUGGCCCAGGCGGCUGCUGGUGUCAGUAUGAUGUUCUACGUCUCCCCCAGCCUGGCAAGCUUCAUGCUCCUGAUUGUGCCCCCUUUGGCAGGAAUGGCUGUGGUUUACGGCCGAUAUCUUCGCUCCAUCUCCAAGCGUACACAGGACGCAUUGGCCCAAGCUACACAGUUGGCAGAGGAACGAAUAAGCAACAUGCGGACUGUCCGAGCCUUUGGUAAAGAACUUUCUGAAGUCAACACAUACACACAGAAGACUGAUCAAGUCCUCAAACUGGCCAGGAGAGAGGCUGUGCUACGUGCCGCCUUCUUCGGAGUGACUGGUCUCAGUGGUAACAUCAUGAUUCUGUCAGUGUUGUACAAAGGAGGCCUUCUAAUGGCAAGCCACCAUAUGACUGUGGGAGAACUCUCCUCAUUCCUUAUGUACACCUUCUGGGUUGGCAUCAGUAUUGCAGGUAUGAGUACUUUCUACUCAGAACUGAUGAAGGGCUUUGGCGCAGGAACGAGACUGUGGGAGCUGCUGGACAGAAAACCUGAGUUCCCUCUUAAUGAGGGUCAAGUUCUUCCUCCAGAGCAACUAAAGGGCCGCUUGGAGUUCCGUGACGUCUCCUUUGCCUACCCGACGCGUAAAGAUGCCCCCAUCUUCAAUGAACUCAAUCUUCUGGUGCCAGCCGGAACAAUCAUGGCUGUCGUGGGACCAAGCGGAUCUGGAAAAUCAACUCUAGUGUCUCUGUUGCUCAGGCUGUAUGACUGCGACUCAGGCAUCAUCACUGUUGACGGCCAUGACAUCAGGGACUUGAAUCCCUACUGGCUCAGAAGUCACAUCGGAACUGUCAGCCAGGAACCAGUACUGUUCUCCUGCUCUGUUAGAGACAACAUAGCAUAUGGUGCUACAGACCCUGAUGCCGUGACCACAGAGGAUAUCUACAACGCAGCGCGAGUUGCAAACGCAUACGAUUUCAUCCAGGCUUUUCCUAAAGGCUUUGACACUGUGGUGGGGGAAAAAGGAGUGCUGCUCUCAGGUGGUCAGAAGCAAAGAAUAGCUAUCGCGAGAGCACUUCUAAAGAAUCCUAGGAUCCUGCUUUUGGAUGAGGCCACCAGCGCACUGGAUGCUGAGAAUGAGUUCUUGGUGCAGGAGGCUUUGGAGCGACUCAUGGAAGGGAGGACGGUCGUCAUUAUCGCUCACCGCCUUUCCACCAUCCAGAACGCCAAUGCUGUCGCAGUUCUGGACCAGCAUCGUGUCGCAGAAUGCGGCCAACAUACAGAGUUGCUGGGAAACAGACAGGGACUCUUUCGAAAACUGAUGGAGAAACAAGCUUUUCUCCAGGAAGAGCAGAAACGCGCAAUGAGCUAA